ACCUCACUGUCGACCUGCUCGAGAAGCACCUCCUUGCGGCUAAGACCAGCAUAGUCGCUGUAGGCGCUUCUCGUGGCACUCCUCGCACUCCCUUCUUUGAGGGGUGUUCCCCCUCCCCACUUGUCCCCUCUAUUGCGUUUGCUGCUGCUAUUGACUUCCUUCGUGCUGAGGAGGUCGGGGCUGCGUCUGCUCCUAGUGGGAGGCGCCGCAGCGGCAAAGGCAAGGGAGGCCAAGGUGGUGGGGGUGGCAGCGGUGGAGGCGGUGGUGGGGGCGGUGGAGGCGGUGGAGGUGGCGCUGGUGGUGGUGGGAGUGGUGGUGGGAGUGGAGGCGUUGGUGGCGGCGGUGGCGGCGGCAGUGGGGGUGGCGGCGACGGCAGUGGUGGCGAGAGCAGUGGUGGCGGUCGGGGUGGAGCUGUUCAGAGGGGAGGUAUAGAGUCUGCUGCUCUAGGUGCUAGUGAGUCUGCUCUCCCUGCUUUCAGCCCCCUGCUCGUGUCGCCACCUGUCGCACCAGACUCUCCUUUGAUACCACCGUCUUGGUCACCCCUCCCUGCCAAGUCUCUGUGGCAUGCACUCCCGCCUCCUUGUCUCUGGUCUUCCCAUGUCUCUGCCUCCCCUCCCACCCUUGCCUGCCCCUCCCUCCCUUCCCUGUGUCGAGGGGCGGCAGUGCGCCGCUCCUCACUCCUCCUCGUUUCCCCCGACGACUGCUCCCCUGCAGACUCUCCACAUGGACAUGUGGGGCCCGGCCCGCGUUAG